AUGGAAGAAAAGACAUCUUGUAAAGAAUCUGCUACAGAGAACUGGAAUUUGGAUGAUCCCAAAAUUAUAAUAAAUAAUACACAAGAGGAUAUUCCAAUUAAAAGCAUGAUGAAAAAUAAGGUCUCUAAAACUGAAUCAAAAUAAGAAGUAUAGAAAGACCAUGAAAUUUAAAAAUAAAGGGAUUAAAGGUGCAAUUAAGCUUCUACCUUCAAAAAUUCAUCCUUAUAAAUCAAUCCGAUCUAUCUAUGAUCAAGAAAAUGUGAGGCAUAGAAAGAAGCGUAAAAACCGUAGCAAGCUCUCUCGGAACAAAUUUACAAGCCUAUUACACAAAUCUUUUGAUAACACUAUGAAUCAAAGUGAGCACGAGAAAACCAAUCUGGAGAUUCUCUCUGAAAGCAAGACAACCAAGGUCACCAAGCUGCCACAAAUCCACCAAAAUCACACAAAGGAUGAGAUCAAGCUAGAAGAUUACCAUGAUUAUCCUCUGGACUCAAUCGAGAAAGCGAAGAAAUUAAAAGACUCAGAUCGAUCUGCCAGUCAAAUAGAGUCAAUCCAUAUUAAAAUAAGCCAGACCAGGAUGCACAGGUCAGUUGAGCCAGAGCGUAAAAAUAUGGCUAAAUCCACAGAUAUUUCUGCCAAUAGUGACAUUCAGCCAAUUAUGAAGAGAAUCCACCGACCCAAGGGUCCGACCCAGGGUGUUGACAUGUUCAAGGCACUCAUUGAGAAGAAGACGUCAACUUUCCAGCUACAAAUUUUACGAAACAGGAUUCUCAGGCUCCAAAUGGAAGAAAGAAGGGCUCAGAAUCAAAUUGAAACUGCUAAAAAGAGGUGUGAACGACUAGAGAAACUACAGGAAUAUAAACUUGAAAAGCAGAGACUUAAAGAUGAAAGUCUGCUAAAGUCAAGGCAAAAAUUAGAAUAUCAGAAAUAAAAUUAAUAUGGAACAACGAGAGAGAGCAAGGAAAGAGAUUCAGUUAAAAAGACAAAGCAGAAUGGAAAAUAAUAGAUCGUUAAAAUAAAUUAGUGGAUACAAACACCAAAGCAGGUCUUGCAGAAAGUAAGAAGAUUAUCCAGACUGAGCAAUCAAACAGAUACACAAUCAAUAAAAAUAGAUUGAACCAUCAAAAGAAAAUCCGAGAUCUUCGAAUCAAUAUGAAAACGUGGAAUUCAGAACAGACAAAAUUUAGUUACCUCAAGAAGCUCAGAUCAAUCCAAAAGACUUCUUCCCAAAACUACUCUAACAUGCAGCUUUGUGAGAAGAAGGAAAAAGAGAUGAUUGAAAAGUUACAAAACACCAUCAACGAAGUUACAAAGAUACAGAACAAAGUGAAGAAAUUUGAAGUUGGAAAGCUCCUAGCUAAGGGCAUACAAGAAGAGAACAGUUCUGAGUGUUAACUUUA